AUGGAAGAUAUCAGGGAAGACAUCAAGGAAGACAUCAAGGAAGACAUCAGGGAAGACAUCAAGGAAGACAUCAAGGAAGACAUCAAGGAAGACAUCAUGGAAGACAUCAGGGAAGACAUCAGGAAAGACAUCAAAGAAGACAUCAGGGAAGACAUCAGGGAAGACAUCAAGGAAGACAUCAGCGAAGACAUCAAGGGAAGACAUCAUAGAAGACAUCAAGGGAAGACAUCAUGGAAUACAUCAAGGAAGACAUCAAGGAAGACAUCAGGGAAGACAUCAUGGAAGACAUCAGGGAAGACAUCAAGGAAGACAUCAAGGAAGACAUCAGGGAAGACAUCAUGGAAGCCAUCAAGGAAGACAUCAGGGAAGACAUCAUGGAAGACAUCAAGGAAGACAUCAGGGAAGACAUCAAGGGAAGACAUCAUGGAAGCCAUCAAGGAAGACAUCAUUGAAGAUAUCAAGGAAGACAUCAGGGAAGACAUCAUGGAAGACAUCAAGGAAGACAUCAUGGAAGACAUCAAGGAAGACAUCAUGGAAGACAUCAAGGAAGACAUCAUGGAAGACAUCAUGGAAGACAUCAAGGAAGACAUCAUGGAAGACAUCAAGGAAGACAUCAUGGAAGACAUCAUGGAAGACAUCAAGGAAGACAUCAUGGAAGACAUCAGGGAAGACAUCAGGAAAGACAUCAAGGAAGACAUCAGGGAAGACAUCAGAGAAGACAUCAAGGAAGACAUCAGGAAGACAUCAAGGAAGACAUCAAGGAAGACAUCAGGGAAGACAUCUUGGAAGCCAUCAAGGAAGACAUCAGGGAAGACAUCAUGGAAGACAUCAAGGAAGACAUCAGGGAAGACAUCAAGGGAAGACAUCAUGGAAGCCAUCAAGGAAGACAUCAUUGAAGAUAUCAAGGAAGACAUCAGGGAAGACAUCAUGGAAGACAUCAUGGAAGACAUCAAGGAAGACAUCAUGGAAGACAUCAAGGAAGACAUCAAGGAAGACAUCAAGGAAGACAUCAUGGAAGACAUCAAGGAAGACAUCAAGGAAGACAUCAUCAAGGAAGACAUCAAGGAAGACAUCAAGGAAGACAUCAAGGAAGACAUCAUGGAAGACAUCAAGGAAGAUAUCAAGGAAGACAUCAAGGAAGACAUCAUAGAAGACAUCAAGGAAGACAUCAGGGAAGACAUCAAGGAAGACAUCAGGGAAGACAUCAAGGGAAGACAUCAUGGAAGACAUCAAGGGAAGACAUCAUGGAAUACAUCAAGGAAGACAUCAAGGAAGACAUCAGGGAAGACAUCAAAGAAGACAUCAGGGAAGACAUCAAGGAAGACAUCAGGGAAGACAUCAUGGAAGACAUCAAGGGAAGACAUCAUGGAAGACAUCAAGGAAGACAUCAGGGAAGACAUCAUGGAAGACAUCAGGGAAGACUUCAUGGAAGACAUCAAGGAAGACAUCAUAAGACAUCAAGGAAGACAUCAAGGAAGACAUCAAGGAAGACAUCAGGGAAGACAUCAAGGAAGACAUCAGGGAAGACAUCAUGGAAGACAUCAAGGAAGACAUCAAGGAAGACAUCAAGGAAGACAUCAAGGAAGACAUCAGGGAAGACAUCAAGGAAGACAUCAGGGAAGACAUCAAGAAAGACAUCAAGGAAGACAUCAAGGAAGACAUCAAGGGAAGACAAAAAGAAUGAUAAGGGACUGA